GCGUGCGAGAGGGAAGGUCCUCGCCUCUCUCUCUUCUCUCCUCUCUCUUCUCCCCUCUUCGUCUUCUUGUGUUUUUUUGAUACGUCAUUUAUUUGGGGGCGGGUGUUUGUUUAUGUGCCGGGGGGGAAAGGCGUGAGGGAGAGCUGCUGUAAUAUAUAUAUAUAUAUAUAUAUAUAUUAUUUUUUUUUUUUUUUUCGGUAAUCCUGGUGGUUAUUGAAGCACAAUGGGUAAAAAACGCAACGCCAAAAAGUCUGGGAGCAAAGUCACAGGCCCCGUGAAGCUCUUACCCCAGACCAGAACGGAGCUGAGUGCCUUAGUAGACGAGGUGUUCAAACGGUGUACGAAGGUACCGUCGGCAACGGCACCAAACGCAGCUCAGGAGUGGGCAGAAUACACAGAAAUCUUCCAGCUAAUUCAAAAUAUUAGGAAUUUAGAGAAGGAUGUCCUGCUUCCAUCAUACUCGCGUGAAGAACAAAUACCAACCUUCAUGUCAUGGCUCAAGGAGAAAGGUGUAAAGAUCAGUGGAGUGGAGAUCAGCGACUUCGACCAGCAGGGCUUCGGCCUGAUGACCACCGAGGACCUUCAACAAGGGGUGGAGGUCAUCGACGUGCCUCUGGAAGCCAUGAUGACAGAGGACACCGCAAGAAAGUCUUACCUUGGUCCCUUGAUAGAACGUGACCCCAUCUUGCAACACAUGGGAAAUGUUUCGUUAGCACUGCACGUUCUAGGAGAAUAUGUGAACCCCCAGUCACCCUGGCAGCCAUAUCUGCGCAUCCUUCCAGCCUCAUAUUCAACCACCUUGUACUUCUCUCAAGAGGAGAUCCUCGGCCUAAAGGGCUCACCAGCACUAGAGGAAGCAGUGAGACAGUUCCGGAACAUUGCACGCCAGUACUCAUACUUCUAUCGGAUACUCCACUCAUUACCGGAGGCGCGAAGUUGGCCAAUCAAGGAUUACUUCACCUUCGACGCUUACAGAUGGGCCGUUUCGACAAUCAUGACGCGCCAGAACAGGGUCCCGACCAAAGGGGCUAGUGGCCAGCUGGCUCUCAUCCCAGCCUGGGACAUGUGCAAUCAUGAACAGGGAAUUUAUUCUACAGACUAUGAUGAAGAGAAAAACUGUUGCGUGUGUCUAGCGCAGAAGGAUUUCAAAAAGGGAGACCAGUUCACAAUCUACUAUGGGAAGCGACACAAUGUGGAACUCUUCCUACACAAUGGCUUUGUUGAAAUAGGCAAUGAAAACGACAGCCUCGCCAUCAAGCUGGGAGUGAGCAAGAACGACCCACUGCACGACGAGAAGGUGGCGCUCUUGACCUCCCUGGGGCUGCCCUCCUCCGGCUCCUUCAUGCUGAUCCCAGGGCUGCAUCCGAUCUCUCCCGGCCUGCUGGCUUUCACGAGAAUCUUCUGCAUGGAUAAGGAAAUACAAGACUGGAUGCAAGAAAAACCCGCAGUGAAGCCAGAGGUUCAAGAGAAAAUUUCCUUAGACAAGUGGAAGGACGACGGGGAGAAGGCCAAGGGUCUGCUGCACGAGGACUGCGACGUGGGCACGACGGUCCAGGAUAAAACGUGGAGGUUCCUGCACACGCGCGUCUCCCUCCUCAUCAGGGCGUACCCAACAACGCUCGAGGAGGACCAGGCUGCCCUCCCAACCCUGAAGGGCAAUGAGGCCAUCAUUCGAUCUCUGCUCAUGUGCGAGAAAAUGAUCCUUAAGGAUGCCAUGACCUAUCUCUCUGCCCUUCUGCCCAAGUAGAAAACUGCGGCUGGAAGAGACAGGCAGACAGAACUGGAGAGUAACAAGGAGAUGGCUUCUGAUGUCAAUUUUUUUUUGUUUUUUCCCUUUUUUUAUUUUUCUUUUUUUCUUUUUUCUUUUUUUCUUUUUUUUGAGCAUGUAGGGGCAUGGGACCGUGAGAGAAGCAGGGAAGUAGGAAAGAGAAAAUUAGGUCACAUUCGGAUGUUAUUCGACCGUCAUUAUAUCUGUUUGUUUGUUUCAUUUAAUUGUUUUUCAUAUUUAUCUUGCAUUUUAUUUGUCCACGUUUUGAAUGAUAUGGAUGGUCCUGCGUCUUUGAUUUUGGGGUAAGAUUGGGAGACAUAGCAUAAUUUUUUUAGAAUGGAAAUAGGAGAGACUACUUAAUAAUUAUUUUUGUGAAUCUGCUCGAGAACGUUUGCCUGCAUUUACAAUUUCCGUAGUUGACUUGUGUAACCUAAUGCAUUAGAGCUCUAGGGAUGAGUCCGCUAUGUUUCGUUUUCAUUUUCACCGACUUCGCCUUUUCUUAUGCUUAUCUUUAUUGGUUAUUUUUUCUCUUCUUUUCUCUCUUUCUAAAUUUUUCCUCUUCCACUCCUCAUUCUCUGUCUUUUUGUCAUCUUUCUUUGCCUUUUCUUGUGCUUAUCUUCAUUGGUUAUUUGUAUCCCUCAUUUUCUGGUUUUUCCCAUUUUUUUCUCUUCACUCUUUCUCCAUCUUUUCAUCAUCUUUUUCUAAUGCUUGUUAUUGUACUUUGUUCCUUUUUUUAUCUUUCUUUCUUCUGUAUAUUCCUAUUCUUCUUAUCUUUUCUAUAUUUUUUUCCUUUUUCUUCUUCCUUCACUUCUCUUUAUCUUUUCCUUCCUCUGUUUGCUUGUUUGCUUCAAGAUGCAGUCAUGUUCAGUAAAAUGCAAAAUCAUAUAUUUUUGUAUUCACACAUGCAAGAAUGCCCUCCAUUUACCUAUUACAGUUUGCAAGAUUUAUUUCUCAGUCCAGUAUAAGUGCAAGAUUGCUGUAGUCAAGGUCGUAUUAAUCUUUUGCGCGUCGUUAAGUAGUUUGUUAUUUUCUUUCCUUUUCCUUUGCCCAGUGUAUUUUGUACUGUUUGCCGACUUCCUAGUUGUUCUCUGCCUUUCAUGGCUU